AUGACCAUGACGCUGGAUACGCCACAGCAGCAGCGAUUUGGGCCCGUCAUGAACUUUGACUAUCCGCCUCAUGGCCAGUCGCCGGCCUUUUCAAAUCCGUGGUCGUCCUCACCGUCGGCACCUCAUACCGCUGCCGUAGCCGGAAGCAACCUCUAUGUUGGCCCUCCACAGCCUUCACUCGCCCACAGUCUCGUUUCCAAGCCUCUGACAGCGCGCGCCCCUACUUCCAGCGCACCUCCUUUACCGUCCUAUGGUUCAAUGCCCGUCACCGCGACCUCAGCUGAUCUACUCAACCUGAACCGCCUACAGACUUCUUCUGCUGCGUAUGCAGACGCCACCUACGCCACGACAGCCUCUCCCGUCCACGGCCACUUUGCACCCCCUUCAGCUACUCCCUACGAUGCCAUGGGCUAUGCACCAGCUCCUGUGCGGCCAUCUGCCUUUAGUGCCAUUGGCCACGAAUCAGAUGCAUCGCGAAGAUUCUCUCAACACGUCCACCCUGAUGACCGGAGAGGGUUUGCCGAAGCUCUUGAUGCCAGCCACGGCAUGCUCGCCAUGAGCCAAGAGACACCAAGAAACAUCUAUGGCAACCGCAACGACCGAUCUUCUGUAGAUUCAUAUGGCUUCCCAUCGACCCACUCGACCAGCUCCUCCAUAUCGUCGUCUGGCAACUUCAGUUCCUACUAUGGCGACUCUGUGUCCGACUACUCAACCGCCGGCUCAGAUAUUGAGUCUGUCGGCUCGAGGACGCUCCCUCGACCUCAGGGAAUGCUGUCAACCUCACUGCCUCCUGCGCCCCAGUCCAUGAUGGGCCAGUUCAGCUCCAAGGUCUCGUCCAGCACCCAGAAGAAGCACAAGUGCAAGGUCUGCGAAAAGCGAUUCACACGGCCAAGCUCACUGCAGACGCACAUGUACAGCCACACGGGCGAAAAGCCAUUCGCCUGCGAAGUCGAGGGCUGUGGACGCCACUUCUCUGUUGUCUCCAACCUGCGACGUCACCGAAAAGUCCACAGGGGCGAUGCUCGAUCCGAGGCUGGUUCUGAAGACCACCACUCGGACUAA